AUGCCCUCGCUGAAUUUGACAGCUGUGCACACCAUGGCGGAGGUGGGCAGUGUUCUGGGGACGCUGGACUUGGAUUUACAGAGCUUCCCUUCGCUGGGGAACAGCAUGCCCCUGCCGGAGCCCCCCGUGGGGCUGACGGAGCGGCUGGGGCAGAUUGAAGGCAGGCUGCAGCAGGGGUCCCCCACGGACUUUGGACACCUCAAAGGGAUCCUGAGGCGGCGGCAGCUCUACUGCAGGACCGGCUUUCAGCUGGAAAUACUACCCAACGGCACCGUGCACGGCACGAGACAGGACCACAGCAGGUUUGGUAUCCUGGAGUUCAUCAGCCUGGCAGUGGGUCUGGUCAGCAUCAGGGGGGUGGAUGCUGGACUCUACCUCGGCAUGAAUGAGAAAGGAGAGCUCUAUGGUUCGAAGAAGCUGACAGCAGAGUGCGUGCUCAGGGAGCAGUUUGAGGAGAACUGGUACAACACUUACGCUUCAACUCUGUACAAGCACACGGACACGGGACGCUUCUACUACGUGGCUCUGAACAAGGACGGCUCGCCCAGGGAGGGCAGCAGGACUAAAAAACACCAGAAACUCACGCACUUCUUACCCAGGCCGGUGGAGAUCGAGAAGAUCCCUCAGGCGUUCAGAGACUUGUUCCAGUACAGGUGACCAGCGCUUACGUUGGGAGAACUGGUUUUGUUCGGAACAAGGAAAAAGAUCAGCACUCUGGGUCUGAUGGGGAACUGCUUACCCUCAGCUCUUCGGCGGACUUGUGAGCGAGAAGGGAAUGCUUUUUGUGCGGAACCACUGAGGAGGAAGGAGAGCCUCGAGACUGAUGAGCUGAUGAAGUCGAUCAGAAAUGUCUAAUCAGAUGCUUUUCUCCAGCGGCACAUAAACCUGUGGCUGUUUUGGGUUUCCUCCAAGCAAAGAAAGGGGGAGUGGGGAAGACGAUUACAGGCGCAACAGGAAGUUCCCUUUAGAAGUGCUGCGGAUGACACAUAUUUUUUGCACUCGUCAUGGUUGCACACAUUUCUGGUUAUGUCUCAAAGAGACAUUCCCACAUUUCCUAUGACAGAUUGCAUGUCAGAGGCAGAAACACACUCUGCGUGCUGCUUGAGAGGUGGUGGUUUGUGACAGUCAGGUAUCUGAACAAGAAUG